GCAGAUGAGAACAGUAUUCAGCUUUUCCUGGAGCGAGUUUUCCGCAAUACAGACGAAACAAUGCCGCCGUCAAAUGGAGCAGUCAAGCAACAGCACGGAAAUGCCAGGAUAAUCAAAGCUUUGCAAAUUGAUAAAAUAACUCGGGAAACUGAUCUGAAGGAGGAGGUGCUUGGGACUGCCUUGGCGUACCUUGAAGUUGGGGAAGAUCAGCAUGUGCGUGUGCGAUCGCAGGCUUUUACAACUUGCAGCAUUACUUUCCAUAAGAGGAGUCCUGAAGAUCUGAGACGAAGGAGUUCUCUGGUUGACGCAAUCUUGAGAAGGGCUCAUCAUAAGCAAGGCCAUUUCAUCGUAGACGUGCCAGCUGUUGCAAUGGAUCUCCGGGUUUCACUAAAUGAUGUGCAGGAAGAAUUGAACCGUCUUCAGGCUGGCGGUGAACUUAACUUUGAGAUGAAGAAUGCAUCCUUUUGCUUUGAUGUCGUGAAACAACCAAAUGAUUUAUGCGAGCUCACUUUGAAACUCGCACAGCACAUGAAGUCAGUGGAGGACUGUAAGAUUGCGAAGCUUGACACUAUGUAUAAGGCAGCAGCAGCAGCUAUGGAGGGAGCCGAUGCGCAGAAAACAUUUCAAAGAUGGAUCUCCGACUACUUUGAAUCGUCGAAAGAUCCAUCAAUAAAGGAGAGUCCGCCACCUGGUAUUAUCAAAGCAAGCAGGUAUGGAGAAAUGACCCACCACUUGUUUUGGUCUCGCUAGAUUUCAAUAGUGCCACAAAUUC